AUGUCAAAGCAGACACUCACUUUCUUUUUACCUCUAGGCUAUUCUAUAAUGACGUACAACCAGUCAGUCGCACCAACACCAAAUUUUGGUAGCACGAGAAAUGAUGCCUGGAUUGAUCCCGACAAGCCGCCUUGCACACAAAGCUUUGUUUCAGUUGUUGUGGAUCCGACUAAUUAUGCUAAAAUCUUCGACCCGAAAUCAAAAUUGUUUUAUGCUUGGGAUGCCCAAUCAUGCAUUACCACAUGCGUAGAUACAUGCAUGAAAACUGAUCCCUUAAACAGUCCACAAGCGGCUGCUUGGUGUAUUGUCGUAAGCAAUCCCAAUAACGGUGCAACAGCUUUUCUCAGAAUUUCUUAUACGUUUGACCCAACUGCUUUCAUCAGUACUUCCAUAGCCGGCAGUACUUCCACAGUCAGCAGUACUUCCAUAGGCAGCAGUACUGCCAUUACCAGUAGCACUUCCACUGAUACUCACGCGG